UCUGAGCAAAUAAAUAGGAGUAGAUCGCUCUGCAGUCCCCACACCUCGCCUCAACAAUCCUUCAGUCCUCCUGCUCCUACUGAAAGGAAAGCUUAAUUCAAAAUGAAAUUCCUCCUGCCCUUUGCCUUUUUCCUUGGGACAGUUUUCUGUGCCCCCCAUGACAUGUACAUGGAGUUUGACAUCCGUCACGCUCCAGCUGAGGCAGCCCAAGCAAUCCCUGCUGGAGUCCCUGCUGGCAGGUUGGAAGUUCUCCUCCCGGUUGAUGCCCAGAGACAUCUUAUUGGAGGACCGGUCCGUGGUUUCAUCAAACAAGAGAUCCCACAGCCAAAUGGUCAAGAUGAGGAGGUGUUCUACCCAUUUGGAUUCAACCAACCUGCCCCUGCCGCUGCUGCCCCUGAUGCUGCUGCUGACCCUGCCCCGGCUGCCCCAGCUGCCCCUGCUGCCCCAGCUGCCCCUGCUGCCCCAGCUGCCCCUGCGGCCCCUGCUGCCCCUGUUGUCGCUGUUGUACCAGUCGUUGCAGCAGCUCCCCCUGCUCCUACCGGUGAUGAUGAUGAUGACGAUGACUAAAACAUCUGCGUCAGCAGGAUCUGGAGAUCAAAGAAAAAAGGCCAACCACAUCCCUCAACCAACAAUGACCAACCUGUGCUGGUAUCACUUUCCUAAAGUACACUGUUAAAAAUGUAACCUUGGUGCUAUGCUUUAUGAAAGAAAAAUAAUUUGUGCUGAAACGAAAAUAUGAUGCUUUGCAAGGCAAUACUGUAUGAGUGCAACUUCUUGAUGUGUGUUUCCUGAAUCUUGUUGCUGUUACUUUGCUUCAAAAUAAAGAAAAAUAACUCAUCA